GGCAUUCUCCAGCCCCCCCCCCACAUCCAAGCACCCUCGCCUCGCAAACCCCGUUCCGCUCCCGCUUUUUGCACCCGCCUUGCACCCGCAAACAUGAAGUUUGGCUCCCAGCUCUCCCAGUCUAUUUUCCCCGAGUGGCGCUUCUACUACCUCGACUAUGAUUCGCUGAAGCGUCAGCUCAAGACCCGAGUCGACGGCCCUGCCACGCCGUUCAACGACCAAGAUGAGGCUGCUUUUGUCGAGUUCAUGGAGCGUGAGCUUGAAAAGGUCUCUGCCUUCCGUGACAUCAAGGGCGACGAGCUCAAGCGACGCAUCGAGCACUGCGAGACGGUUGUCAAGUCGAUCCUGGCCACCGAAGAUCCCGAUGAAGAGCGCUUCACCCGCCUCGACGAAGAAACCACCCGCAUCGCCAACGAGCUCAGCGAGCUCUCAAAGUUUAUCCGCCUCAACUACACUGGCUUCUUGAAGAUCCUCAAGAAGCAUGACAAGCACACUGCGUAUAUGCUCAAGCCCAUGUUUAUGGUCCGGCUCACUUCCCGCCCCUUCUUCAAGGAAAACAACGACGAUCUGAUCAUCCGCCUCUCCAAGAUCUUUGACGUCGUCCGCAACCGUGGCGUCAAGUCUCAGGCGCUGGGCAUCGACACCACCCCGGCCCAGAGCUUUGUGCGCACCACCAAGAAGUACUGGGUCCACAUUGCCAACGUCACCGAGGUCAAGUGCAUCAUCCUCAAGUAUCUGCCCGUCCUCGUCAUCCAGAACAAGGGCCAGGCCGCACAGCCCUCGGUCUCGUCCGUGUACCUCGACAAUGAGUCCUUUGAUCUGUAUCUUGGCCGCAUGGAGAGCCGCAACAACGCUGAGGCCAUCCGAUUCCGCUGGUACGGUAACUCUGACCAGGAAAUCUACGUCGAGCAAAAGGUGCACAAGGACGACUACUCGGGCGAGUCGAGUGUCAAGCGACGCUUCCAGAUCAAGGAAAAGUACCUGGACGCUUACCUCCGUGGCGAAAAUGUCAUGGAGAGACAGAUUCAGAAGCUGCGCGAGCGCAAGUCCAAGUCGGAGCAGGAGAUCAAGGACCUGGAAACGCUGGCCUCUGAGAUCCAGGCCUCGAUUGUCGAAAAGAAGGUCCACCCCGUGAUUCGCACUAUUUACAACCGUGUGGCCUUCCAGCUGCCCGGGGACUCUGGCGUGCGCAUUUCUCUCGAUACCGAUCUGGUUGUUGUCCGUGAGGACAACACGGGCAAGACCCGCUCUGGCGACCACUGGCGCCGAACCGACGCCUCGUCCGCUUCGGAGUUCCUCACCCAGUUCCCCGAGGAUGUCUACAGCUUCCCCUAUGCCAUUCUGGAAGUCAAGACCCAGACUCAUCUCGGUGCCCAGGCCCCCAGCUGGGUUGAGGAGCUUGUCUCGAGCCACUUGGUCCAGGAAGUCUCGAACUUUUCCAAGUUUGUCCAUGGUGCCGCGAGUGUUUUUGAGAACCGCGUCCCGCUCCUGCCCUUCUGGCUGCCCCAGAUGGACAACAUUCUCAAGCCCGAGCCGUCCAACUACCGAUCGCCGACGGUGCUCGAUCAUCACCGCAGCCUUAUCGGCUCGCGCUCCUCGAUCACCACCAAGCCGCCGUCGCCCACCAAGAGCCGCUCGGCCUCGCCGGAUGCGAUCGAGAUUGUUGUCGAUGACCCUAACGAGAGCACCCCCCUCCUCGGUAACUCGAGCACUGGUUCGGGCUCGGGCUCGCUGAAGAAGCGCACGAGCUGGGCUACCCUCGCCGAGACCUUCAAGAGCCACCACCAGCAGCCCCCAAGCCCGCCCGUGGUCAUCCCCGAGCGCCUCAAGGAGAACCUGCAGAAGCGCAUCGCCGUUCCCGUUCGCGUCGAGCCCAAGGUCUUCUUUGCGAAUGAACGCACGUUCCUGUCGUGGCUCAACUUCACCAUGGUCCUCGGUGGUAUGGCGCUGUCGCUGCUGAACUUUGGCGACCGGAUUGGCCAGCUGACGGGCCUGAUCUUCACCGUGAUUGCGAUGCUGUUUAUGGGCUAUUCCCUCUAUCUGUAUCAAUGGCGUGUCCACCGCAUUCGCGAGAGAGAUCCUCGCCCCUUCGACGAUCGCUGGGGCCCAACCGUCCUGGUCCUGGUCCUGUUUUCAGCCGUUGUUGUCAACUUUUGGAUGAAGUUCUCGAAUCCGGGCGACCUGCUGUUUGCCUAAAGCGGCCGUGAUGGCGAGCCGAAAUCCGCGCGACAAAGAUAAUCGGACCCCAUUUCCGAUCCACAAAUGUCGAUUGUAUAUCGUUGUUAUGUUUC